AUGACUUUACAUCAUGUAACGAAUAGGAAAAUAAUUUUCCUGAAAAUUGAAAAAAUUCAAAAUUCAAAGAGUUGUAAAGAUGAGACUUCAAUCUUCAAAAUUAUUGUAUCGCGAAUUAUAGUCAUUUUUUUUAUGAAGUUAUAACAAUUUAAUUUAUUGAUAAUUUUUCAUCGUUAUUGAUUCAAUUAUACUUCUCACCGUAUAUCAUAAAUUGAUAUUUUUGGCUUUUCCGCAGAGACUGUCAUUUUCAUAUUUCUUAAUAUACGUGUAAAAAUGCUUAAAUGCCACGAUUCAAACGUACAUAUUGUAAUUUGAUUCUUAAUACAGAGUUGGACAUUAUUCGAAUAAAUUAUUAUUAUCAUUACUAUCAUUAUUGUUAUUACCAUUAUAUCUAUUAUUAUUAAUAAUAAUGUUACCACAUUGUUAUUAUUACUUUAUGUAUUAUUAAUGUUUAGAUAAUUGCUUAAUUUUAAUUCAAAUUAUUUUUCGUUUUUUCCUGAGUCCACUGAAGAUAGGUAAAAAAUACUGGUUGAAAUUUAUUCGAAUAAAUACACAGUCUAAUUUUGUUUCUGUUAAAAAUAUUUUAAAUAUUUGUGUUAAAACUAGUAUAAGAUUAAAAUAAAAUUAAUUUAACGUUGAUAAAAAAUAUGAAUCGAAGAAUUGAAUAGACAUAAAGAUUAAUUUCAUUAUUCAGUAACUGAUCGUUAAAAAAAUUUAUUUAUAAAGUAUAUCAAUUAAAAACAAAAUGA